AUAGAAUUCAAAAAACAUGAAUUACUUAAAUUCUCAACCACCCUAAAUAUUAGAUACAAUAGUAAAAUUUUUUUAUAUUUCAAUAGCCUUCUAAAGAAAAUGGUGAUUAGCAAGAUUAAAAUGCACAAUAAUAUCAACAAAAGCAAAAUGAUUUUAUGGCCUAAAAUAAUUUCCCAUAACCUUAUAGUAAUUAAUAAGUAAUGAAUUGUGUAUAUAUUAUAGGAUGGAAAAUCUUCUAUGCUUCCUGGAUACUAAAACUUUUAAUAUAAUUCUGGACCUCAAUUUUAAAUACCCCUAGGAAUGAAUUAAUAAUAAUAAAUGCCUAUGCCUCUAAAUAAUAUGCCUCAACCUGGAAUGUAAUUUGGUCCUCCACCAGGUAUGAAUUCAACAGGAAUAGUAAUGCAUCCAAAUAAUAUGCUUUAACCUGGGAUUGGGUUAGGAAUGUCUAUGUCUCCUGGAAUAUUUGCAAUGCCAUCAUCAAAUAUGGCAAUGCCUCCAAGUGGUAUGCCUCCAAGCGGUAUGCCUCCAAGUGGUAUGCCUCCAAGUGGUAUGCCUCCAAGUGGUAUGACUCAAAAUCCAAUACCGCCAGGAAUGACAUAGCACGCUUAAAAUAUGUAAAAUAUGUCAUAUGGAAUGCCAUCAUUCCCUAAUUAAUAAAGAUUUUCUCAAAUUUCUUAUCCUAAUUCAUCCUAAAUUAAAAUUUAGACAAUUAAUGAUAAUGAGAAUUAUAAAAAAAAUUAGGAAAUUAAUUAGAAAGAAGAUGAAAUUUAAAAAUUGAAAUUAAUGCAUAAUCAGAUAUUAGAAGAGAAAGAAUAAUAAAUUGAAAAUUUAAAAAGUUAAAUCUAGAAACUUUAAAAAGAUAAGACAACAAUUGCAAAUGAAUUAAAACUAUAAAAUGAAGAAAUAAAUAGUGAUAAAAUGAGAGAAUAGGAGUUUAAAAAAAAAUUAGACUAGUAAAGAGAGACAAUAUAAAAUUAGGAAAAAUAAAUUUAAGAAUUAUAAAAAUAAUAUUAAACAGAAAUUAAAAAAUUAUAAAAUGAAAUGGAUUAUUAAAAAAAUGAAAAUAAGAUUUAAAUACAAAAUUUAACUUAAACUAAUUAGACUUAAUUCUACUAGUUAUAAGAGUCAACAUAGUUAAAAGAAAAAAAUAAAAAUUUAGAAAAAAUAAUUAAUGAACAGAGACUUGAAAUAGAAAAAAGAGAAAAAGAAAUUUAAACUAAAAAUAGAUAGAUUGAUGGUUUAAAUUAAAUCAACUAGCAAUAAAACUCACAUGAACAGGUUGUAACAAAUCUGUAAAAAUAAUUAGCUUAAUAGAACCAAAAUUAAUAAACAUUGAUUCAAGAAAACAAGCAUUUAUAAGCCUAAAAUUUUUAAUUGACUAAUGAAUACAAAAACAUACUAACUCAAAAUGAAAUUCUUGAAAAUGAUAAUAAAAUUUUUAAAGAAAGGGCACUUCACUUUGAAACUGAAUGCUCAGCUUUAAUAUAAAAAUUAGAAGAAUAAAAUUAAAAUAGGACUUAAAAUGAUCCUAGGAAUGACAUCCCAACCUUUCUUAGGGAAAUUUAAUAAAGAUAGGAGUCGGUAAAGAAGUAAUAAGAAGAUUAACGUCAAUUACAAAGAGAGAGAAUAAUAUAAAAAUAAAUGGAAGAGACAGAAAAAUAAAAAUAACUUAAUCAUAUGGGUAAAUAAAAAAUGAUUGAGUUGAUCAGAAAGGCUGGUUAAAUAUAAUGUUGUUUUGUUCUGGAUUUAUAUAAGUAAAUUGUUUACAUAUUUUUAGAUCAAAUGAAAAAACAGGUAAGUCUAUAAUNUAAAGAUUUUCUCAAAUUUCUUAUCCUAAUUCAUCCUAAAUUAAAAUUUAGACAAUUAAUGAUAAUGAGAAUUAUAAAAAAAAUUAGGAAAUUAAUUAGAAAGAAGAUGAAAUUUAAAAAUUGAAAUUAAUGCAUAAUCAGAUAUUAGAAGAGAAAGAAUAAUAAAUUGAAAAUUUAAAAAGUUAAAUCUAGAAACUUUAAAAAGAUAAGACAACAAUUGCAAAUGAAUUAAAACUAUAAAAUGAAGAAAUAAAUAGUGAUAAAAUGAGAGAAUAGGAGUUUAAAAAAAAAUUAGACUAGUAAAGAGAGACAAUAUAAAAUUAGGAAAAAUAAAUUUAAGAAUUAUAAAAAUAAUAUUAAACAGAAAUUAAAAAAUUAUAAAAUGAAAUGGAUUAUUAAAAAAAUGAAAAUAAGAUUUAAAUACAAAAUUUAACUUAAACUAAUUAGACUUAAUUCUACUAGUUAUAAGAGUCAACAUAGUUAAAAGAAAAAAAUAAAAAUUUAGAAAAAAUAAUUAAUGAACAGAGACUUGAAAUAGAAAAAAGAGAAAAAGAAAUUUAAACUAAAAAUAGAUAGAUUGAUGGUUUAAAUUAAAUCAACUAGCAAUAAAACUCACAUGAACAGGUUGUAACAAAUCUGUAAAAAUAAUUAGCUUAAUAGAACCAAAAUUAAUAAACAUUGAUUCAAGAAAACAAGCAUUUAUAAGCCUAAAAUUUUUAAUUGACUAAUGAAUACAAAAACAUACUAACUCAAAAUGAAAUUCUUGAAAAUGAUAAUAAAAUUUUUAAAGAAAGGGCACUUCACUUUGAAACUGAAUGCUCAGCUUUAAUAUAAAAAUUAGAAGAAUAAAAUUAAAAUAGGACUUAAAAUGAUCCUAGGAAUGACAUCCCAACCUUUCUUAGGGAAAUUUAAUAAAGAUAGGAGUCGGUAAAGAAGUAAUAAGAAGAUUAACGUCAAUUACAAAGAGAGAGAAUAAUAUAAAAAUAAAUGGAAGAGACAGAAAAAUAAAAAUAACUUAAUCAUAUGGGUAAAUAAAAAAUGAUUGAGUUGAUCAGAAAGGCUGGUUAAAUAUAAUGUUGUUUUGUUCUGGAUUUAUAUAAGUAAAUUGUUUACAUAUUUUUAGAUCAAAUGAAAAAACAGGUAAGUCUAUAAUAAAAGCUACAGAAACAUGCUGCAGAUAAAUUAAGGCCACAACAAAUAGAGAAUCUUUUUGGGGAGCAGUUUGUUAUGCCUACGAGAAGAGUUCAUUGAAAAUGAAUAAAUAAGAUUUUACAGAUAGUGCUGAUAUUUUAUCAGGAUUUUUAAAGUCAUAAAAAUUAUUCAAAGAUGAAAAGGAUUAACCAGAAGAUCUGAAAGCAGCUCUGUAAAACAUGCUUAAAUUAAACUGGACUGAAAAAUACAAAUUAGCCAUAGUAAUUCCAAAUUCACCUUGUCAUGGAAAAAAAUAUCAUCACCCUAAAAAAUAUAAAUCAUGGUUUUUUUUUUCACGCGAUUACGAUACAAAGCCAAAUGAUGAUAUGGAAGAUAUAAUCAGAGAAAUAGUGAAAAAAGAUAUUAUCCUUUUACUUAUAAGAUUUAAUGACGAAACAAAAGUAAUGUGCAGUGAAUUAGAAAAAAUAUAUUCAAAACUUAAAUUUCCAUAAUUAUUUCAUACUCUUUCAGUUAAGGGACUUGAUUAGGAAAAUUCUUCUCAUGAACUUGUUCAAUAAAUUUAAAAAAUGGCUGCUUUUAUCAUAGGAACUGAUAAUAAAAUGACUAAAACCAAAAUCAACUAAUAAGCGAGAAUGUUAAAUUUUGAAGAAGGCUUAAAUGAUAUGAAAAAUUUAAAGCAGGAGGUGGUCCACAUAAAUCAAGAUAUUUAAAAAGAAAUUUCUAAUCAAGGAGGUUAAAAAUAGGGAGAAGCUCCAAUAGUUUCAAUUUAGGAUGCAAUAGAAGAUAAAAAGCAUUAUGAAGAAGCUGUUUAAAGAGUGAAAGAAUGCACUGAUGGAGCAUUACAGGCGCUAUGCAAAAGGGGAGAAAUUUCAGAUUUUGAUAAAAGAGUUAAAUGCGAAAAUUUUAAUUGUAAGGUCUACACAGUUGAGCUCAAGCAAAGUUCUUUUGAAAAAAAAUUAGAGAGAAUUGAAGAUAUUAAAUAUUAAUCUGAAGAUUUUGAAUUAAAAUUUUAAAAUGAUUGGGAUUGUAUUAGAACCUAAUCACCUUUUGCAUUUGGUAUGAUGAAAGCAGUUUAUUUAAUGAAAAAGAAAAAUAAUAGCUAGGAAAUUUAUGUAGUUAAGAUUCCUAUUGAAAAAGGCACCUAUUAAAGUAAAGCGGAUGCAGUUAAUGAUUGCCGAUCUCACUUAAUAGCUAAAAGUUUGAUGAAAGAAUUUAUCGAUAAAAUUAGGGAGAAAGAUCCAAAAAUAAAAUAAGUUUAAUACACAGAUUUUUUACUAUUAGAGGAAAACUAAAGUAAAAUUAAUUAUUAUAUUUUUAGAUAAAUAUUGGAUUGCAGAAAGAUUCUUUAAAGGAAACUUUGAAAAAUAUAACAAUAAUGAUGGGUAUAUUAGUGAAGAAAAUUCAGAGCUAAAUGCUAUUUCCUAAGCCUUUUCAUAUUUCACUUAUUAAAGGAGUUAAUAUAAUUACAUAGUAAAUGAUAUUUAAGGUGUUGACAUUUAUUUUACUGAUCCAGCCAUAAAUACAGUGAAAGGUAUAAAGUAAAAAAAUACUUUUAGGUAAUUUUGAUGAAACAGAUGUUGGAGAAGAUGGAAUAUCAAGCUAUUUAUCAACUUUAUAGAUGAGAAAGAUAAUUUGUUAAAAAUUAUUGAGUUCUUUAGAUAUUGAAAUUGAUUGA